CCGAAACGACGUCGUCUCCAUUUCCCCCAAAUUUCUUCUCUAAACUAAACCCCUCCCUGCCUCCCGAGUCCAACUCUGACCCGUACUUCCACUUUCGUAGCAGUGUAAAUCGAUCUUUUUGUAACAGUUAUCAGGAGGGGAGGGAUGGUGGAAGAAGAAGAGAAGAAGAAGACUGAAGAACCAGUGCAGGAAGACGUCGAGGAGCUUGUCGGGGAUGAUUCUUCUGAAAAUUCUGCCGACCAUGAGGAUAAUGACGAAGAAGAAGAGGAGGAUGGAGGCGGAGACGGAGAGGAAGGGGAAGGAUUGCAUCCUGAGGAGCCAUUGACGGAGGAGGAGAUAGAAGAGCUUAUUGCUGAGCUCUUAGAUGUCGAAAGCAAAGCUGCUGAAGCUCAAGAGGCUCUGGAGGAGGAAUCCCUAGCCAAAGUAGAAGCUGAUGUUCGAAAGGAAUUGGCACAGUCGUCGUCGGGUGAUGAGUUGGAAAAGGCUGUCACGAAUGAGAUGGCUGCUUUCAAGGAUGAGUGGGAAGUUCAGCUUGACGAGCUUGAGACUGAGAGUGCUCAUUUACUGGAGCAACUUGAUGGUGCUGGGAUUGAUCUUUCCAGUCUCUAUAAGUGGAUAGAAAAGCAAGCUCCAAAUGCUUGCCACACUGAAGCCUGGAAAAAGAGGACUCAUUGGGCUGGAACUCAACUGCCGGUUGAUGCAACUGAAUCAGUUGCAGAGGCUGAAAAGUAUCUCAACGUGCACAGGCCCGUGAGAAGACGGCAUGGCAAAGUCUUAGAGGAGGGCGCUAGUGGUUUCCUCGAAAAAAAAGUUGGGACAACUGAAACCAGUACAUCUGUAAAUGAUACAGUAAAUGACUCGGUAAAUGUAGAUUGGGAUUCUUUCAGCAGAAUGUGCUCUGAUAAGUCAAGUUUGGAGGCCAUCUCUUUUGGCAGCAAGCACUGGGCUUCUGUCUACCUAGCCAGCACCCCUCAGCAAGCUGCUGAACUGGGACUGAAAUUUCCAGGAGUUGAUGAGGUUGAGGAAAUUGAUGACAUUGAUGGUACUUCAAGUGACCCAUUUGUUGCUGAUGCUAUAGCAAAUGAAGGAGAACUGUAUCUUACUGAAGAACAGAAGAGAAACUUUAAGAAGGUUAAAGAGGAGGAUGAUGUAAAUGCUCAUCGAAAGCUUAACAUUCGCUUAAAACAAAGGAGACACAGGAAGAAAAGGAAAAAGGGAACGCUUUCCUUCGCUGAUGGCUUGAGGGAUCAACUAGAUGAUUUCACAAUUCAUGAGGAUCGCACUGAUGCAAGUGAUAUUGGUGAUCAAGAACUAAUUAGUGAUGCAAACAGGUUGCCUGUUGUUGAUGAUGAAGAGAAUGCAAAGAGUGGUUAUGAUGCCUCCUUGACAAAUGGCUCAACAUCCCCAGACUUAGUUGACUCUAGGGGAGUCAAGCGUGAUCGUGAAAGUGAUGAAGCUCAGCCCGAUGGCAAAAAAUGCUGUACAAUUACUGCUGAUAGUGAUAAUGAAGCUCAACCAGUUGAAAAUGCAUCUUCACACAUGGAGGAAGCUACCAAAGUAGAUGGUCAAAUGACUUCUAGUUCAGAUUCUGAUUCAGAUGAUUCAGAUUCUGUUACCGGUGUCACUACAAGCACUAGGAGAAGACGUAAAAAGAAAAUUCGAAGGAUCAUUGAUGAUACAGAACUGGGGGAAGAAACUAAAAAGAAAAUUGCAAUUGAAAAGGAACGUCAAGAGCGGCUUAAAUCUUUGGAAGCGCGGAUUUCUUCCAAAUCUGUUACAAUGACUUAUUCAACCAGUAAAGUGAGUUCAUUUGAUGGCACUACUGCAGAAAUGCUAGGUGAUGCAACUGCAGGUUACAUUGUAAAUGUGGUGAGAGAGGAAGGUGAAGAGGCUGUGAGAAUACCUCCAAGCAUCUCAGGGAAAUUAAAACCACAUCAGGUUGCAGGGAUUCGGUUUAUGUGGGAAAAUAUUGUUCAAUCUGUGCGGAAAGUGAGGUCUGGCGACAAAGGUCUUGGUUGCAUUUUGGCACAUACUAUGGGGUUAGGCAAAACCUUUCAGGUCAUUACUUUUCUCUACGCCGCUAUGAGAAGUGUUGACCUAGGUUUAAGAACUGCACUCAUUGUAACACCAGUGAGUGUUAUACACAAUUGGCGGUUUGAGUUCAUGAAAUGGAGGCCACUUGAGCUGAAGCCUCUUCGUAUUUUCAUGCUUGAAGAUGCUCCAAGGGAGAGAAGGGUUCAGUUGCUCACAAAGUGGAGAAUUAAAGGUGGGAUCUUCAUAAUUGGUUAUUCAGCAUUCCGCAAUUUAUCUCUUGGAAAGUAUGUCAAGGACAGGGACCUAGCCAGAGCAAUUAGUCAUGCACUUCAGGAAGGACCUGAUAUCCUAGUUUGUGAUGAAGCCCAUAUUAUCAAGAACACCCGGGCUGAUACAACUCAAGCAUUGAAACAAGUGAAGUGCCAGAGAAGGAUUGCAUUGACUGGGUCGCCUCUUCAGAACAAUCUGAUGGAGUACUAUUGUAUGGUUGAUUUUGUCAGGGAAGGAUUUCUUGGUAGCAGCCAUGAGUUUAGGAACCGUUUCCAGAAUCCCAUAGAAAAUGGUCAGCACACCAAUUCUACUGCAGACGAUGUAAAGAUAAUGAAUCAAAGAUCUCAUAUUCUCUAUGAACAGCUAAAAGGAUUUGUUCAGAGAAUGGACAUGAAUGUCGUUAAAAAAGAUUUGCCCCCGAAAACGGUGUUUGUCAUCUCCGUGAAGUUAUCUACAUUACAGAGAAAACUGUAUAAGAGAUUUCUUGAUGUCCACGGUUUCACAAAAGACAAGGUCUCAGGUGAAAGGAUAAUUAAGAGAUCCUUUUUUGCUGGGUACCAGGCCUUGGCUCAGAUUUGGAACCAUCCUGGAAUUUUGCAACUAAGGAAAGAAAACAAAGAGUCUAGUAGAUGUGAAGAUCUAGAGAAUUUUCUCGCAGAUGAUUGCUCUAGUGAUGAGAAUGUUGACUACAAUGUUAUCUCUGGAGAGAAGCUCAGCAACCAUCACAGAAAGAAUGACACUGGAUUUUAUCACGAGGAUUGGUGGAGAGAUCUUUUAAUGGGGAACAAUUAUAUGGACAUCAAUCAAGGUGGAAAAAUGGUUUUGCUACUUGAUAUCCUAACAGCGUGCUCGAACAUGGGUGAUAAAGCACUCGUUUUCAGCCAGAGCAUACUAACUUUGGACCUUAUAGAGAAAUAUCUUUCAAAAUUACCUCGUCCUAGGAAGAAUGGGAAAUGUUGGAGGAAAGGGAAGGACUGGUACAGGUUAGAUGGAAGAACUGAAAGCUACGAGAGGCAGAGGUUGGUUGAGAGGUUCAAUGAACCAUUGAAUAGAAGGGUUAAAUGCGUCUUAAUAUCAACGAGGGCUGGAUCCCUGGGGAUCAACCUUCAUGCUGCUAACCGAGUGAUUAUAGUCGAUGGAUCUUGGAACCCAACUUAUGAUCUUCAGGCUAUAUACCGGGUUUGGAGGUAUGGACAAACCAAACCUGUUUUUGCAUACCGAUUGUUGGCACACGCAACAAUGGAAGAAAAAAUCUAUAAGCGUCAGGUGACUAAGGAGGGCCUCGCUGCAAGAGUAGUCGAUAGACAGCAGGUUCACAGGACAAUGUCUAAAGAAGAAAUAUUACAUUUGUUUGACUUCGGUGACGAUGAAAAUGCUGACAUGAUACCUGAUUUGGGACAAGAAACUGGUGCUUCCACACCGGAUGCAGCCAGUCACGUUGGAAACAUAUUGAAGCAGAAGAUGCAACUGCCUCAUGGGAGCUCAUCUACGGACAAGUUGAUUGAAAGUUUGAUAAGCAAUCAUCAUCCCAAUUGGAUUUCAAAUUACCAUGAACACGAGACCCUCUUGCAAGAAAAUGAAGAUGAGAAACUGUCUAAAGAAGAGCAAGACCUAGCUUGGGAGGUGUAUCGGAAAACCCUCGAGUGGGAAGAGGUGCGGCGCGUAUUUCCAGAUGAAACAAUGCACGAGCAGCAGAAAGCAUCUGUAGGCGAACCUGCACCCGAUCAGCAGCAGCAGCAGCCACGGCGCUCCAUAACUGAUUCUAUGCUCAAUUCAAAGCCCAAUCCUCGUCCUCCAACCGUCACAACUCCUAAACAUGACUAUGCGCUCGAACGAGCAAGGCAGCGCCAUACGUACAUGUACGGGCUGCGACGCUGCACGAACCUCUCACACCUGCUGACUCUGAGGAGCCAACGGGUAAAGUUUGGAGACAAAGCAGUGUGCGGGGAGUGCGCCAAAGUGGUGCGCUGGGAGGACGUCACCGACAAAUCCGACCCGAGAGUUGCCUGAUCUUGUAAUAUCAUUGCAGCAACGCCAGGUAACGACACUGAUUUUCAUUUCCUAUUGAAACUUUUCUCCAAAUUCUUACAGAGAUGAAAAUACAGAUUAAGUCAUUGCUCUGGUUCUUGAUUUACUUAUUUAGUUGCUGUAAAAAACUGUAUUGAUUUCUGCAAAACAUAUCUAAAUUGCAUAGAGUUUAUUGGACACUUUUUGUGCAAUCCCAAAGUAUUAUGCAUGGAAAGGAUGGAAUGUAUUCUAAUAUUUGAAGGUAGAAAGGUAUAAAUCAUCGAUUAUUAAUUUAA